AUGGGCAUGCUAUCAUGGGUGGUAAAGCUGCGGGUCACCGACACUAUCGCUACCGAAGUCUCGAUCUUCAUCCAAGAGCAGAAUGCGGCACUCGAAAUCACCGCGCUAGAUGGACAAGGUCAUAUCGUACAUUCAAGUAUCAGCGUACCGGAGAUGCUGCAAGAACAGCCGCGACCUCUUCCACCACUCAUACAUGAGGCACCUUAUGAACUUGCAGUCCUUGAUCGAGUGACCGAUGACAUCGCCUUUGUCUACGGCUGA